CCUCUCCCGUUUCGAAGGGCGGCCGCCGCUUUGCAGCCGCAGCGAACUUUUACUAAAGAGCAGUCGGCAACAAACAGCCCUAGAAAAAUAGUUUGGAAUUAAUCCGGUCAGCUUUCCUGCCAGAUCCGACAACGGAACAGGGACAAAAGGUGAUGACAAAGGGGGGAUCUACACUACCGCUUUAAAGCGCUUUAUAACAGUUUUGACAAGUGUUGGGGCCCAGGACACACUGCAUAUACAGUUUUCAAAACGUUUUCAAAGUGCUUUAAAGCGCUUUAAAAGCAAUAGUGUAGAUCCCCCAAAGACUCCGCCUGCCAUGGCCUCAGCCCCAGCACGCACGGAUGUAGAAGAGGAAGCCAAGUGCCCCAUCUGCAUGAGCUAUUUGAUGGACCCGGUGACACUGGACUGUGGGCACAACUUCUGUCGGAACUGCAUAACGUGCUACCGCGAGGCAUGGGACCAAAUCGGGGACUUGGAGUGCCCUCUUUGCAGAGUUCCGAUCCCGAGGGAAAACCUCCGGCCGAACUGGCAGCUGCGAAACUUAAUAGAAAAAAUUAUGCUGCUACUAAAUCCAGGAAAGGAGACUCUGUGUGCGAAGCAUAAGAAAAAACUCCAGUUGUUUUGCAAAGAGGAGGAAGAAUUGGUGUGUUUGGUUUGUCGGUGCACCCCUGAGCACAGAACACACACUGUAGUCACCGUGGAGGAGGCUUCUCAAGAAUAUAAGGGUCGGAUUUCCGACUGCCUGCAACUUCUGAAGGAACAAAGAGAAGAAAUAUCAGUGUCCAUUUCAAAUGCAGAAAAGAAAAGUCAAGACUUGCUUAACCAAACAAAAACAGAGAAGCAAAAGGCAGCAGCUACAUUAAGGGAGCUACGCCGGUUCCUGGAAACAGAAGAGAACCUUCUGAUGGCCCAGAUUCAAGAGAUGGAGAAGGAGAUUGUAAGGAACAGGGACGAGCACACGGCCCGAUGCUCUGAGGAACUCUCUUCUCUGGAUAGUCUCAUCCAGGAGAUUGAGGAAAAGUGUCAGCAGGUGGCAAGUAAACUCCUGGAGGAUAUUAAAGGUACCUUACAAAGAUAUAAGAAGGAGAAGCGUGAGAAUCCUGUGGCAUUUCCUCCUGCGACAAAGCGGAAGAUUGCAGAAUUCUGUGAUAUAAAUCCUUUUCUGGAAGGUGCCGUGAAGGAAUUUAAAGAAACUUGGGCAUGUGGAUAUCAACUGCAGAAAGAGUGUGUGAUCCUGGAUGAAAACACUGCUCACACCAAACUCAUCCUGUCUCACGAUCGAAAAAGUGUGAGAGUCGGGGACAGUCCUCAAGUCCUGCCUGAAGACUUUUCACGAUUUGAUCACUGGCAAUGUGUCCUGGGAUGCAAGGGAUUUAACUCCGGAAGACAUUACUGGGAGGUCCUUGUGGGAAAUCAAGAGAAAUGGGCCGUUGGGGUGGCCAGGAGCUCCGUGGCGAGAAAAGGCCAUUUUACCUUUGGCCCCACAGAAGGGUUCUGGGCCGUGGGGAAAUGGGACAGCCAGUACUGGGCCCUCGAUUACCCGGAACGCCUUCGACUUUCGCCAGACAGAGAGCUGAAGAGGAUCUGUGUGUCAUUGAACUACCUUGGUGGGCGGGUGGCAUUUUUUGACGCUGACACAGCUGAGCUGCUCUUUGAGUUCUGCUCGGCCUUGUUCUAUGGAGAAAAACUUCACCCCCUCAUUUGGGUGUGGGGCACAGCCUAUCUCAGACUCUGCUCCUGAGACACAGGUCUAAAACCUAGCCAUGAGGCCUUAGCAACCAGUCAACAGCACUUCUUCAGUCCUGACGUUUCCAGCUUCCCUCCAUGAACUUUUGGGUGGGUGACCUCUGGCCUGCUGAGCCUGGAACUCUCUCUGCAGGCCCCGCCCUCACCCCACCCCAUAAGCCCCACCCCUGGCCUGGAGGCUACUUGUUAUCUCUGAUCAGUGAUUGGAGAUAACAAGGGGACUCCCCUGCAUGCUGCUGCUCCUUCCCAGUGGAGGGCAAGCAGCACAGGGGAAUACCCUUGUUAUGCCUGAUCACAGAUGGUAGAUAACAAGGGGACUGGAACAGAGGUAGCUUCCCUUGCCCUGUGACUUCUCCCAAGUGGGACAAGGUGUGGGGCAGGUAGAGCAGCAUGCGCACCUCCUCCAAUAGGGCACUCAAACCCCCAAAAGGCCAAAGUGAGCAAUUUGCUAGACAUUUUAAGAACAUAAGUGCCAUAGUGGAUCAGAACAAGUGUUAGAUCAAUGUUCUUUUCACCCAAGGACGAAAUCCAAACAGCCCUUAAGCACGACUCCACCAUUCCAGCGACAGAGGGUUCAAAAGCGCUUUAUUGAUUAGUAAUCAAGGCCUGGUCUCUUCAAAGGGAGCAAUCAGACAAAAGACAUAGGGAAUACAGUACAGUAUUUGAGCUUUCAAGGGGCAGGGCCCUGUUGCAGCAUAAACCAAUCAGAACAUAACACUGGGGCAUAGCUAAUUAUGCUGAACAGUUCUGUAAACAAUACUUUUGGCCUGACAGUAAGUUACAGAAGUUAACUUUUGACACAGCAGAGCACUUGGAAUAAAACUGGAGCCAGAGCUCUUGUUUAUGUUUAGAUAAGAAGGAUGCACGCAAGGAGACAUUCUCAUACAGGACAUCAUGACAUUUUGCUUGGUGUAUUUCACAGUUUCCUUUUAGAAAUGGAGACACUUAUGCUAACAUUAGACAAAUAUGCUAACACAAGGGUCCAUCUAGUCCAGCAUUCUGUUCACAUAGUGGCUAACCAGAGGUCAGCCAGGGAACCACAAGCAGCACACGGUGUGACAACGCCCUCCCACCCAUGUUCCCCAGCAACUGGUGCACACAGGCUUACUGCCUCAGAUACUGGAGGUUGCACAUAACCAUCAAGGCUGGUAGCCAUUGAUAGCCUUCUCCUCCAGAAAUUUAUCCAACCCCUUUUUAAAGCCAUUCAAAUUGGAGGCCAUCCCUACAUCCUGUGAUAGUGAGUUCUAUAAUUUAACUAUGCACUGUAUCCCACCAAUCAGCUUCAUGGGAUGACCCCGGGUUCUUUUGGAUGCCACUGUUUUGACAAAAACUGAAAUGAAUGGGGUUAUUAUUAUUUAUUUAUUUAUUUUAUUAUUUAUUUAUAUAGCACCAUCAAUGUACAUGGUGCUGAACAGAGUAAAACAGUAAAUAGCAAGACCCUGCCGCAUAGGCUUACAUUCUAAUUAAAUCAUGGUAAAACAAUAAGGAGGGGAAGAGAAUGCAAACAGGCACAGGGUAGGGUAAACAGGCACAGGGUAGGGUAAAACUAACAGUAUAAAGUCCAAACAACAUCAUGUGCCAUUUGGUAAGAUUAGGGAUACAUUUUUGGCUUGUGCGUUCUGACGACGUGGGCAAACGGCUUGGAGGACUGAGGCCGACUAUUUGCUCUUUCAGUCCUUACCCAUUCUGGCUUGCAAAAACUGCCAGAGUUCAUCAGGGUACUAGUUUCUGUUGUGUUACUGCUUUUUAAAACCAUACUGGUUCUUGUUAUGUGUUUUAUUAUGGUAUACUACCUUGGAAGGCUUCUGCUCUGAAAGAUGACCAGGAAGUAUAUUAAAUAAUUUUUAAAAAAGUUGUGUAGAAGGCAUUCAUUUCCUAGCGGAAACUCCGGGUCAUCUGUCCCCCCCACCCAAUUUAAGCGGCCCACUCCUACUUGGGAAAAAAAGAGUUGGAUCUCCUCCUGUCAGAGAAGACUUAUAGAGGGAAAUUGUAUGGAAUUGGUCGAUUACACUAUUACCUGAUCAGCCUUCCCUAAUCUGGUGCCCUUCAGAUUUUUUGGACUACAACUCCCAGAAUUCCUGCCCAUUGGCCAUGCUGGCAGGGGCUGAUGGGACUUGGAGGUCCAAAACAUCUGCAGAGCACCAAGCUGGGAGAGGGGGUGUUUGUCUAGUCUGUUCCCUAUGGAUACGUUCACUUUGGACAGUUGUGUGAAGAAACCAGCUCUUGACCAUCCUGUUAAAACCACUACGAUCCGAUCUCAAAUAUGCCUUGUAAGAUAAACUCCUUGAGUUUAGUGGCCAAUCAGCUCCAGGUUUUCUUAGAUGGAACUGGGCUUUUUGAAGAUCUGUUCUGUUCUGGUUUCUGGGCUGCCUGUGGAACAAAAACUGCCUUGACCUGCACCAGGAGAUAGAUAUGGGGUUGGGAAAAAGUAACCAUGUUAAUUCUUCUGGACCUCUCAGGACCUUCUUAUAUCAUCAACCAUUAUAUCCUUCUGGCCUGCCUUAUUGGGAUGGGCUUAGGGCAGGCAUUGGGUAACUUGUGGUCUUCCAGAGGCUUGAGGCUAGAAUUCUCAUCCACCUUAGCCAGCAUAACCAGUGGUUAGGGAUGAUGGGAGCAGAGACGGAAACUAAUAGUGAUAGCUAUAGGUCAGAAAAUGAGUGUGAUUAAAUUUCAUACAUAUUCAUUGAAUGUUGGUCUCCCACUUUUUCCCUGUUCUUUUUAUGGGAAUGUGUGCUUUAUGUCCUGACACUGGAGGACUAGCGGAGACAUAAAUAAUUUUCUUUGUUACUAAUGUUGGUGGUUUCGUCUGUUGUCGGUUUUUAAAUUAUUUUUUUGCCUGCUCAUAAACUGGCAAAACCAAAGAGGUUCCUAACUGUUCAGGAGCGUGUAGCUCCAUUUGUUACCAUUAAAAAAAAAAAAAACAUGAAAAAAAA